GCCAAAUCCCAGUCAGAUGAGGAGCUCGGUCCGCAGCUUUCCCCCGCUCCGCCGUCUGUAGCCGUGUGGAAGCAGCGAGCGAGCGCUGCAGUCGUGAGCUGUCGGGAGGUAUGACACCAACGCGCAAGCUCCCCAGCUGGACCUUGUUUCUGGCUGUUUGUGCUGUUGGAAUUGGAGGGACCUUUCAGUAUGGGUAUAAUGUGUCCAUUAUCAAUGCACCCACCCAGCAUAUACACAGGUUCUUAAAUGAAACCUGGACUAGUCGUUACCACAAGGAACUACAUCCAGGUUUGCUGACUUUUCUUUGGUCUGUCAUUGCUUCUAUAUUUUCACUUGGAGGCCUGUGUGGAGCUCUUACUGGAGGCAGCAUGGCGAUUCGGCUAGGCAGGAAAGGAGCUCUUUUGAUGAAUAAUAUUAUAGCAAUACUGGCCUCCAUUUUAAUGGGGAUCAGUUUUCCUACAGGAUUGUUUGAGUUACUGAUUGCUGGAAGGUUUUUGAUUGGCAUAAAUUCAGGUAUUGGGCUCUGUGUGCAGCCUCUGUAUAUCGGGGAGGUUGCCCCAAAACAUCUUAGAGGUGGCAUGGCCAUGGGGAGUUCCAUCUUUCUGACUGGGGGGAUUCUGACAGGACAAAUAAUUGGUUUGAGGGAAUUAUUAGGUGGAGAAACGUAUUGGCCUCUGUUGCUGUCCAGCAGCUGUUUCCCAGCAUUUGCCCAACUUUUAUUCCUGCCAUGGUUUCCUGAAAGUCCCAGAUAUCUUCUUAUUGACAGAGGUGAUGAGCUGAGCUGUGCCAAAGCUUUGAAGCGAUUUCAUGGUUCUUCAGAGUAUGGAAGGGAGAUGGAAGACAUACAGCAGGAAUGUUUUGCCUUAGAUGGGGAGAAACCCAAGAAGCCCUGGCAAUUAUUCACUGAUCGUGGUGUGAGAUGGCAGCUCAUUACGGUGAUUGUGAUGACUAUGGGCCAACAGCUCAGUGGGAUAAAUGCUAUUUAUUUUUAUGCAACUUAUGUUUUUGAACAAGCUGGGAUCUCGGCAGAAAAAAUCCCGUAUGUGACACUCGGCACUGGAGCUUGUGAAUGCCUCACAGCCCUCACCUGUGGUUUACUGAUAGACUACGUGGGAAGAAGAUAUCUCAUCAUUGGGGGUUAUCUCCUUAUGACCCUUUGGAGCAUUGUUUUAACGUUCUCUCUGACCUACCAGGAACUGUACUCAUGGGUGCCUUAUGUGAGCAUGACAUCUGUAUUUGCCUUCAUCUUGAGCUUUGGGUUGGGACCAGGUGGCAUAACAAAUACCCUGACAGCUGAAUUAUUUAUACAGUCUUCACGUCCUGCUGCUUACAUGAUAGGAGGGACUGUUAGUUGGAUUAGUUUCUUCACAAUUGGAAUGCUCUUUCCCUUCAUAGUGAAUGGACUGAAGCAGUAUUGUUUUCUGGUGUUCUUACUGGAGUGCUCCUUAGUUGCUGCUUUCAUCUUCCUCGUAAUUCCUGAGACAAAAAACAAAUCUUUUCUAGAAAUAAAAAAGGAAUUUCACAAGCUUAAUUUUGGAAGAAAUACCAAAAAAAAGGAAACAGAGCUUUAUGAAAGAGGACAACUCCAUGAUGAAUUUUAAAAAAAUUCUGUGUAAUUUCACAGCUGUAACAGAACUUAAAUGAGAAUUAUGAACAGUGUCUUCUAAAUUAGCAGUGUAAUACCACGAACAAGUAGCUUAUUAAAUCCUCCUGUAUAUUUAGAGGAAGUUUAAUUAAAGGCAAGUUAAUCUUUCUGAAAUGCUAUUAAAACCGUAUUAUAUUAUACAUAGAAGACUCAAUGUUUAGUUACAACUUGAUGUUGUAGGAAUGCAGGAAUGCCAGGAGAGGGUGUUCAAUGAAUUCCUCCCCCCGGCAGAUUUCUUCUAAUAAUUCAGUAGCUCUUCUUUUAUUUCUAAGCCCCUUCAGGUUCGGGUAAUCAAGCAUAUGUUACUGCUUUACUGAAUAAAAUAUUCUGAGGCAUUAAAACCCAAACAAGAACUGACCUACUGAGAAAUCAAUACUUGAAAUAUUCUAGUUUAUAUAUAAAUUGGGGUAUUUAGUUGCUGUUUUUCACUUAAAUAACUUCUUUGAAAGAUUUAAGGACAUUCCUCAUCUACUCCUACUACUGUAACUGUACAAAGCCAGUACAGCCCCUAUCUGAAUUACUGUUAUUUGUAAUAAAGUUUAUUAGAAAGACUUGUUUCCUAAAAGGGUACUAAUAAAAACAGUUUCUGGGUUUU